AUGCCAUUUUUGAAGAUUGAUUUCUCAACGCAUGAUUCAAAUAGUCAUAUUCAAAAGCAUUUACGUGCUCAGUUCUCACGUUACUUCUGGCCAGCACAAUUAGUUCUUGCAUUACUUUGUUGUCGAUUUACUUGCCUCAGACAAAAAAAUAGACGGCGUAGUUGGAUAGCCGAAUGUCAUAUGAUUUUUAUCAUUUUUUUCUUAAUCAUCAUAUUACUGAUUACAACUGUACAAUUUUGGUAUGACGUACGAACGACAUCUGCAAAUCCACCAGAAAUAGCUGUAUCAAUUUUACAACUACAAGGAGUCUUGAAUUUAUGUUUUUUGGUUUAUUGGGAUAUACACUCAGUUGGUGACAAAUUGCGACAACGUCUUCAAGCCACAUCAACUGGUAUUGGUGUCCUAAGGCGGAAAUCAUUGUUGGACAAUAUUCAUCUUGGUGCAAUCAUAUCUGGAACUAUUAUUAGUGUAUUUAUGAUAAUUUAUCAAAUUUUACAAAUAAUUGCCAAUAAUUAUUCACCAAUUGUAAAAAUUCCAUUAAAUAUUAAUUUGUCGCAUUAUUUUCAUUGGCUUUUUGUUGUUAUUUUUAUUUACGUUGCAUUCUCCUAUCCUGCUGUUUACACUGAAGUAUACAGUUUAAUUAGUAUUAUUUGUGCUGAAUAUCGUGCAUUAAAUGAUGAUUUUGCAAAUGAUUGCAAUACCUACCAAUUACCUGUAAUUAGGCAUUAUGUCGCCGCUCAUUGGACAAUGUCACAAUCACAUGCACUAUUUGGUCGAUCACUUAGCUUAUGGAUGAGCUUUCAUCUGUCAACUUCAACACUCUCUUGCAUAUUUCUUCUACGAUCCGUACCAAUUCUCAUCGAUCAAUUAUUAGCAUUGGAACCAGUUAUUGUUGCAGUAAUAGUUUGUACCGUAUUUCUUAUUGUAAUUGUUAUCUCACAGAUUAUCUCUUCUCUAGUAACAUCCUUAUUACUUUAUCAUGAUAUGACACAUUUUCGUUAUCUGCUAAUCGUUCUCAUUGCUGGCACUAGCGCUCUUCAAGAACAGACAUACUCUGUAGCAAUAGCAUAUAUUAAUCAUUUAUAUCGAAGUCGUUUAGGUAUAUCAUUCUUCGAGAUUACUGUUAUUGAUAGGAGAUUUAUUGAAAAGACUGCAACUAUUGUGCUUCUUCUCACCGCUAUAUAUUAUUUCAAUAAUUAUGAUAAACAUCCAAUUCAGAGUUGUAGUAAGACAAUCUCUGCGGUACAAGAUGCAACCUAA